UCUCGACUUCAUUCAUUCUUUAAAAUCUCUGUUGACACGCCAAUUUUUCUUUCCCAUACCGAUAAAGAUGGUGAUAUCAUUACACUUUCCAGUGAUCUCGAACUCUUGGAAGUCGUCUCUGCACAAGAAUACGAUAACGAAAAAUUCGGCAAUAAUACCUUCUUAAAGUUCGCACUGAUCAUACCUGGUAAUGAAGUCUACUUGGAAGAGGAUGAAAACGAUAGUUGGGUUCUUGAAGGAAGCACCACACACAUCGAAGAUUUGACUUAUGAUAGCAAUGAUAAUGAUAGUAACUGGGGAGAUCGCGUUCUUUAUAAUGAUUCCUCCGAUAAUGAACUAAUAUCGCAAAGGGAAGUGGUGAUUGAAGAACCAACUUUUAAUCCUACGAUUUCCGCUCGUCAUGUUCCCGAGAAAAUACUUCAAAAUGAAAAAAAUCAAUUAGAAUCAGACUUAUUACAACACCGUUUAUCCCAAUAUGAAACUAUAAACGAAGCCUCUUCAAAAUCAGCAAAUACUGAACAUCAGCACUCUAAAAUUAUCAACGAAAAACGAGAUGAUGAAAAUGCAAGAGGCGUGUUCUUUCCUUGGUCUUGGCGUUCUUCGUUCAUUAGUCCGCAACUUUUGCCAUCCAGUCGUGUACAAUUUUCUCUUCAAAGAUUCUACCUUUUCAAAGAAAUAACAAAAACCUUACCUUCAAUCUUACUUUUUAUCACAUUUAUGAAAUUAUUUACUAUUGCUUUUUGUCCACUUAUUGCUAUAUUUUUGCUAUCGAAGGGAUUAAAGCUUAUCAAAGAUCGGCAUGGUGAAAAUGACAAAGGAAGAGCGGAGGUGAAAAUGAGUGUAGAUAUUAACGAAACUAGCUGA